CGUAUUGUCAUGAACUGUUGUAGUUUUGUAAAGAUGGUGACUCUGAUACAAAUACAACCUGGACUGAGUCCAUAAUACAGCAACCUUCCUGUUCCCAGGCCGUUGCCAUGGACUCUGACAUCACCACCACUCCUGCAUGUCUCCUUUGGCGUGAACCUGGGUCUAUGUGCAAACACACUUGGAAAAUGCAACUAAAUACCACCUACAACAAUCACAAAGACAGCAAGUGAAACAGUAUCUGACACUUGGAACCAAAUUCUCAGCACAAGCUCUUUCAUAUUCACAAUCUCAUGCUGUUCAACCAGCCGGGGUAACAUCACCUUUAAGGAAUGGACAAAUGCCUUCUGCUAUGGAGAGCUGUGCAGCAGACAACACUGUUACUAAGUUACUAGCACUAGGAAACGGGCGUGAAAAUGAGAUGGAAGAAGUUAUUGAUGAUAUUAUUAGCUUGGAAACCAGUUUCAAUGAUGAAGGCUUAAAUGGUUCAGACCCUACCUUGUUGAUGACAAGUAAUCUUCCACUCUCUAGCAGCAUUCUGGAUGUUUACAACAGUGACCAAGGCAUAUCGGGAGCAAACAUGGGACUCACCAAUCCAGCUAACCUAGGUAUCAAAAAAGAAGUUCCAGAUACAGAUAAUCGUGCAAUGGCAAAAGAAAGACAGAAGAAGGAUAAUCAUAAUCUAAUUGAAAGACGAAGACGAUAUAAUAUUAACUACAGGAUUAAAGAGCUUGGUACUCUUAUUCCAAAAUCCAAUGAUCCUGAUAUGCGUUGGAACAAAGGAACUAUUUUAAAAGCCUCGGUGGAAUACAUCAAGUGGUUACAAAAAGAACAACAAAAAGGAAGAGAAUUAGAACAUAGACAGAAAAAAUUAGAGCUAGCCAACAGAAGAUUGCUGCUUCGUAUUCAGGAGCUUGAAGUCCAAGCCAGAAGUCAUGGUCUUCCAAUGCCACCUCUUUGUACAGUAGAACUGGCUUCACAGGUCAUCAAGCAACAAACAUAUGUAGAAGACAUUUCAGAGGACUAUGUUCACCACCUCCCUCUGUCUAUUGGACAAACGAGUGACAUGUGUGAGGGAUCUACAGCCUUUUCUGACCCCCUUUCACACUUUACAGAUUUAUCAUUUAGCGCAGCUUUAAAGGAACAAAUGUUAGAAGAAAUGUCUCCAUUUGGAACAGAUCCAUUUUUGUCAGCUACAUCACCUGAUCUAUCCAAAGAAAGCAGCAGGCGAAGUAGUUUUAGCUCAGAUGAUGGUGAUGAUGAUCUAUAAGCAGCUACAAGUUGCUUUAACUCCAGCUGAGUAGAAGCACUGCUAAAGAGACUAUUCACUAAAAGACAAUGAAAAAAAACAAUAAUAUUUCUUUACAGCUCAGAGUGAAUUCCAUUGUGUAUAGUAUUUGCUGUAUCACAUUAAUGACCAAGAAUGAUCUGUUUACCACCUUUAAAACAUUCAAGAAGUUGACACCUAGCGACCAAAAGCAACUGCAAUAUCUGUAUACACUGGUCAACGGGUUUACCUGCAUUAAACUCCAGCAAUAUAUGAGUGUUAAAGAGCAGCUAUCAAAUAUGUUAAAAGUCAUCCCUACAUGAAUAUAGUUUAAUUAAUCAUUUUAAAUAUGUAUAAAAAGCUGACAGGCUAUGCAUGUUUUUACACAACUUACAACCGCUGCUAAGGAAAGCUCCAACAAUUCUAUUGUUGAUCAAGGACACACUUUCAGAAGCAUGAAAACAAAAAAUAUUUGUAUUCAGGAAAGAAAAAUUAAUAAUUUCAAAUGACCAUCAUUUAGAUGCAACAAAGGGCUUUAAAGGGACAUUCAUUUUUUCUUUCAUUAUUCAGAUAGAGAAUACAAUUUAAUUUUUUUUUUCAGUUUACUUCUAUGAUCAACUUUGCUUCAUUUUCAUGGUAUUCUUUGUUGAAGAGAUACCUAGGUAGGUAACAUGCCCAUGCCUGAAUUACUGUGCUAAGUAAUAGUGCUGCCAUCUAGUUCUCUUGCUAAUGUAUAACAUUGUUGUAAAAAACUCCUCACUCCUUAGCUUACAUUCCUGCUUUUCAACAAAGGAAAACUAGAAAACAAAGAACAUUUGAUAAUAGACGAUAACUGGAAGAAAAAUUGUAUGCUCAAUCUGAAUAUUGAAAGAAAAUUGUGGGUGUUAUGUCCAUUUAAUGUCUCUUUAAGUAUAUAUUAUAUAGCAGUUGGUAAGAAUAAUCUGAAGAUGAAGAUUAUUUGAUGUGAUUGGAAUACUCGUAUUGUCCUGUACUGAUCCUGUGCUCUAUUACAUUAUUAUUCUUUUUUCAAUUAGGAAAAAAUAAUUUAUUUGAUCCUGAAUUAAUUAGAAUACAUACUGUAAAUAGAUACUCAUUGUUGUUGCAUUUUCAGGAUUUUUUUAUUUGUAUUGUUAGUUGGCUUUUAAAGCUUUCCCAUGUAUUCAUUUUUUAGUACAUUGUGCAGCCCAAUUUUAAUAUUUUUUUUUUUAUUUUUUUUUAUCACAACCUGUCAACAACAACAUAUCUCAAUAUCUUGGCUAGAAUCUAAUUAAUGGAAAAUAGGUUAGAAUUGGAAGAUAAAUUUCCCAACUCCUGUCCUAUGGACACCUGAAGUAAUUUAAAGGGAUCUUAAACACUGUGAGAUUGUUAUCAUAAUAAACCUAAUUCACUAGGAGAUAACAUUGUUUUGUCACAGAUAACCUUAAAGGGACAGCCAAGUCAAAAAAAAACUUUCAUGUUUCAAAUAGGGCAUGUAAUUUUAAACAACUUUCCAAUUUACUUUUAUCACCAAUUUAGCUUUGUUCUCUUGGUAUUCUUAGUUGAAAGCUAAACCUAGGAAGGCUCAUAUGAUCAUUUUUAAGCCCUUUAAGGCCGCCUCUUAUCACAUGCUUUUUUAUUUGCUUUUCACAACAGGGGAGAGCUAGUUCAUGUAAAACAUAUAUAUAACAUUGUGAUCACACCUGUGGAUUGUGGCACAGACACUGCACUAAUUGGCUAAAAUGAAGGUCAAAAGAUAGUAACUAAAAAGUCAUGUGAUCAGGGGGCUGUCAGAAGAUGCUUAGAUACAAGUUAAUCACAGAGGUAAAAAGUAUAUUAAUAUAACUGUGUUGGUUAUGCAAAACUGGGGAAUGGGUAAUAAAUGGAUUAUCUAUCUUUUAAAACAACUAAAAUUCUGGUAUUGACUGUCCCUUUAAGCACCCAUUGCUUUAUGGGAACAAAAACUUUAAGCAACUAAUAUAAUUUAAUCUCAUUUAGAUCUUUAUAUUAUAAUUCACGUGGUUAAUCAAGUCUACAUAAAGUUAUACAUACCCAUUUAUAAUAACUACUGACAUUUGCGUUUGUUAUAGAAAUUACAAAGAUACUACAGUAAGAUUCAGAAUCUGUUCAUUUUUUUCAGACAAAAAAUCACAUACCCCAAAGUCCAGCCACACUAUUAUUAUUAUAGUAAAUAUUGUAGUCUGUUUACCAACAUGUAAGAUUACAUACAUUUUUUACAGACUUAUUUAAAGUCAGCCAAAAGAGUAAGCAUGGAGAAAACUCUAUAUAAAUUUAUAAAAACUGAAAAAGGCUUCAGCCGAAUUAUCAAGCUGCGAAUGCAGCAGUUUCCGCACGUGACAUGAGGCUCGCUGGAAAAAUAAGUUAAGAAGCAGCGGUCUUAAGACCACUGCUACAUAACUUAUCCGCCACCUUUGAGGCGGUGGACAGCAAUCAUCCCGAUCAGAUACGAUCGGGAUGAUUGACACCCCCUGCUAGAGGCCGAUUGGCCACAAAUCUGAAGGGGGCGGCAUUGCACAAGCAUUUCACUAGAAAUACUUGUGCAAUGUUAAAUGCCGCCAGCGUAUGCUGUCAGCAUUUAGCGACGUUGGGCAAACUGUUCGCCCGACACUUGAUAAAUCGGCCCCUUCAUGUACAAUGUUAUUAAGCAAAUGCAAGUGGCAGUUUUUAAUAAGCUUAGUUUGGAUACAGAGAACCAGAUAAAACAAUAAUAAAAUGCUUGUAUUAAAUUGAAAUAUAGUAAUAUUGUAUUUAAAGGGACAUUAAGGGCUAGAUUAAAAGUGGAGCGCAAAUUCGACCGUUUAACGGUGCAAGAUAAAUAACCAGCAAUUACAAGUGGUGGUUAUUGCUACCUCAAGCUUGCGGUAGCAAUUAGCACUCAGAAAAUUAACCAGAGAUCAGAUAUCUGGUUCAUUUUCUACAAAUGCCCCAAUUGCCCCCCAAAAUAAAGUAUAUUUUAGUUUUUUAUGAAAGUUCAUAGUCAGUAUAGCAGGGAAUCCUACCUAUUGUCAACAUCAAAUAUAUACCAGUUUGAUAAAAGUGAGGUACAAUGUGCUUCCUUAUUUGUGUAGUGUACAUAUAAUACUUAAGUAUCUUACAGCUGAAUUAUAUCUUACACAUUAAAGAAUACUGUACUCCAAUGCUGUCUAAUGUAUAUGAAAUAUGAAAAAAAGUUUUUAAGGACCGUAAAGUAUCUUUCUUUCUUCUAAAACUGGUAUUUUAAAAAGCAUUACUGUACUUGUUUUUUUUUCUGAAAAAAAAAUCCCCCAAUGUUUCUAAAAAAACAACUUUGUUUUGUUUGAUGAGGGAAGUGCCACAUCCAAUCAAUAGCGUGGGGCUGUCCCUAGGAAUGUUUUGUGUACAAAAUGCACUUCCUGUAAAUGUUAAAAAUGAAUUUAAAUAGCUUUAACUUUACUUUUAUUUGUGCAAAAAAUAUCUUUGCAUGUGUGACUAAUGCUAUUUCAUAUUAAUUUAUUAUUAAUUAGGAGCAGGAAAAAACUGUAUACUGCAAGUUUAUUUAGCAUUACAUAUGUAAUACACUUCAAAAUAUUGUCAGUUACAUGAAACAAAAAAGUAUAGUACCUCCUUACAUUAGCAUUUAAUUAUAUGGUACAACUCAAACAAAAUAAUGUAUACAUACAGAAUGACAAACUCAUAGUCUGUUUUUAGAUUUCUUUAAAAAUACAUUUAUUACAUUUUAUUUUAACAGAAGGUACUAAAUAAAUAUAUUAUUCAUGUACAACUCCCUUUUUUCUUUUACAUAUGUAAGUAUAAUUUGACAUGAAUAUUAUAGGAUAUGAAUAAAUUUAACAAAUCGGACAUUUAGAAACAUGUUAAGCUAUUUUCAUAAAAAUAUAAUUCACUUACACUGAAAAGCACAUACCUCAUGUUUUAUAUAAAAUAUAUGCAUCAAAAAGUGCAAAAAAUAAUGAUCAUUUUAACAGAUUUAAAAAGUGCACUUAAACUGUUUCUCGUAAGGGCCCUUUGUAAAUAGUUUUCUUUUUCUAGACUGAAUAAUCAGUUUGUUUGUAUGUUUGAAUGUCUUUUUUUUAUCCACUUCUUUAUCAACAUAAUUUUGUAUGUCUAAAAACGACAGUAGCAAUUUUUUUUAUACGUCCACCAAACAAUGUUAUUGUUAUGUAUGUUUAGCUAUUGUAAUAAUAAAUAAAAUACUUUAUAUUUA